AAAUAUCAUAGCCUCUUAGAUGUUAUGGUUACAUGCUUAAUUUUGCCUUGUCUUAUAGUUACGUCUCCCAAUUUCCCAAAUUUAUUUCAAGACUGGUUGGUGGGCUGGGCGGGUGGCUAUGUAUGCAGCAUGUCCUAUAUAUCAUCAUUAAUCUAUUGGAACUGGGCUUAGUGAUGACACGUGGCCGACGGUAUAAAAUUGUCGACAUAUAAAUAUAGUACAUGAACAGUGUCCUAUGAUUGCUCAAUGAUAUUUCUUUCUAGCAAUAGUAACUCGUUAAAAGUUACUAACGCAUUAUAAUGACCAUUUCCAAUUGUCAGAAAUCAAAAAGUUUAAUAUUUUUUCGAAAAAAAAUGUUUUGUAAAGUCAUUUGUUUAUAAAAAAAUAUUUAUUAUACAUUUUCAAUAUAUUCUACAUAAAUUAAUAAUAAAUUAUACUUUUUUUAAAUGUAAUUGUAUUUACUAAAUUACUACUGAUCUAAAAUUGUGGAAAUGAUUCAUUAUCAGAUUUUCAUAUGUUUUAAUAUAAAUAAAUACAAAACAUUUUUUUUUAGAAAGUACAUAUCUUUUAAACGCCUGAACUUUAUUUCAACAUGUCUGAUAAAAUUUAAGAAAAAUUCAAAUAUACAAUAGUUUCUCUUAAUUUUAUUAAUCAGGCAAUACGUUUCUAUUAAUUAAGCUUUCCGCCAUAGGUGUAUCUCGUCCUCUGUUUUUCUAUUUAACAAUUUUAUUAGUUAGGCAAUACAUUUAAAUAUAUAAUUGUUUCUAUUUAACAAUCAAGAUCAUACAUAUAUAUGCUAAUUGUAAAUUUAUCCAUUUCAACUUGAAGUUAUUGCUGAAAAUUUUUAUUUUAUUUUUUUGUCAGCAGAAAAAGUUUUAUUUAAAACUAUGUUACAUGGGAUGCCAUAGCCUACUGUUGUAGACCUGUACUCCAUUAUUAUCUUGCAAAUUAAUAACUCUGUUAAAUAGUUAGUUAACUAUGGUUAAGUUUUAAUAAAGGAUUUAAGAAAACUUAAUUGAUUAAUGAGAAAGAAAAACACAGAGGCGUUGUCGCUUUCCCUGCAUCUCUCUGGGUUGUCUUUGUUUCCUGACAUCUUAGAUUCAUCGUAUGAAGUAUACUCACUUUCAGAAAAUAAAAGAAAAGAACUUUUAUAUCAACUUUCAAUCUUGUUGACUAACGAACUUUCAGACAAAACAUACGAGAGGAGUGAUCAGUUUCACCAAAAAAGUUCCGCAUUAUUAUUUAUAUUAGAUCGUUGCAAUCUUUGUCAGGUUAUUUUAUUUUGUUUCUCUUCAUGUCUUCUUCUUCAUCGUCUUGUGAUUUGGUAUACGACGUCUUCCCGAGCUUCAGAGGAGAAGAUGUCCGUAAGUCAUUCCUCAGCCAUUUUCUCAAGGAGUUGGAUCGAAAACUCAUCAGUGCUUUCAAAGACAAGAAGAUCGAGACAAGUGAAUCACUUGAUCCCGUCCUUAAGCAAGCCAUUAAAAAAUCAAGGAUUGCGAUCGUCAUCUUCUCCCAAAACUACGUUUCUUCUAGCUGGUGCCUUAACGAGUUGUUGGAGAUAGUGAAAUGCCAGCAAGAGUUAAGUCAAAUAGUUAUACCGGUUUUUUAUGAUGUGGAUCCUUGUCAUGUCAGACAUCAGACUAAAGAGUUUGGAGAGGUCUUUAAGAAGACUUGCCUGAGAAGAACAGAUGACGAGAUAAAACUAUGGAAGAAAGCUUUGACCGAUGUGGCAAAUCUUGUCGGAUAUCAUUCUCAAAACUGGGAAAACGAAGCAACAAUGAUUGAAGUAAUAGCCAAUGAUGUUUUGGGUAAAUUGAAUUUAACUCAGUCUAAGGAUUUUGAGGACUUUGUUGGGAUUGAAGAGCAUAUGGAAAAGAUGAGUUCACUCUUGUGCUUGGAAUCCAAGGAAGUGAAGAUGAUUGGGAUAUGGGGUCCUUCCGGAAUUGGCAAGAGUAUUAUUGCAAGAGCACUAGAAGCUCGACUCUCUCGUCACUUCCAUGGUAAAGUUUUCAUCGACAUGCGUUUCAUAUCCAAGAGUAAGGAAUAUUAUCGCAAAGGUAACUCAGAUGAUAUUAACAUGAAGCUGCACUUGCAAGAAAACUUCCUUUCCAAGAUAUUAGAUAAGGAAGGGGUAAAAGUAGAUACCUUAAAUGCCGUGAGAGAGAAGCUAAAGCGCCAAAAAGUACUUAUUUUUUUCGAUGAUUUGGAUGAUCAAGUUGUGUUAGAUGCGUUGGCGGGUGGAGAUGAAUGGUUUGGUCCUGGGAGUAGGAUAAUUGCAAUUACAAAAGAUAUGCAGAUACUAAGGGCCCAUGGGAUUACAUGUGUUUACAAGGUUGAAACCCCAUCUAAAGAAAUAGCUCUUCAGAUGUUAUGUCGAUCUGCUUUCAGACAAGAUUCUCCGCCUGAUGGGUUCAUGGAGGUUGCGUCUGAAGUUGCAAUGCGUGUAGGUUGUCUUCCGUUGGGACUUAACAUUAUAGGUUCGUCCUUACGGGAAAGGGACAAAACGCAUUGGGUAAAUAUGUUGCCAGCUCUUCGGAAAGGUCUACACGGGAAAAUUGAGGAAGCACUAAGCUUCAGCUACAAAGCAUUAGAAAGAAAAGAAUAUCAAGCAUUGUUUCGUCACGUCGCGUGUCUUUUUAACGGUGAUGAAGUCAGUUACAUCAAGUUGAUGCUUGCAGAUAGUGAGUUGAAUGUUGACAUGGGUCUUGAAGUUUUAGUUGAUAAGUCCCUCAUACGUGUGGUACCAUCUUGGAAUAAUACGAACAUCGUGGAGAUGCACUGUUUAGUACAAGAAAUGGGUAAAGAAAUUGUUCGUGGACAAUCUGACAAGCCUGGAGAACGAGAAUUUCUAAUGGAUUCAAAGGAUGUUUGCAAUAUUCUUAAAGAUCGCACCGUAAGUUUUUCUCUUUCAAUCUCUGCCUAG